CUUUUGGUGCUAUCUGCUCUGUUCUUAAUCAUGUACAGUUACAGCCCGGGUUGCAUGACACGUUGUUUUUAUUCCCGCAAGAACAUUUCAUUUAGCGCAGAUGUGUAAAAAUGGAUGUGAUGCAGUCUUGAAAUUAGCUUAGCCGCCUAGCUGUCGCGAGUUGGCAAAAAAUGAAAUGGGAGCACAUACGGGGGCGAUCCGAUUGACCCAGGUGGAGCCACAAAGCUACUGUGCACAUCGUCGAGGUUCGGUGUGGCAGCUGGGGGGCGCCAUGGACGUGUCCGGCCACAGCUUGUUCCUCCUGCAACAGCUGAACAUCCAGAGGGAGUUUGGCUUCCUGUGCGACUGCACCGUCGCAAUCGGCAAUGUCUAUUUCAAAGCCCACCGUGCUGUGCUGGCGGCAUUUUCCAACUACUUCAAAAUGAUUUUCAUCCACCAGUCCAGCGAAUGCAUCAAGAUCCAGCCCACAGACAUCCAGCCGGACGUCUUCAGCUACCUGCUCCACAUCAUGUACACGGGCACAGGGCCCAAGCAGCAGGUGGAGCCGGGCCGACUGCAGGAGGGCAUCAAGUUCCUCCACGCCUAUCAGCUCCGCCGGAGUCCCAGCGAAGGGGGCCAGGACACCUCCGCCCAAGACGCCCUCAAAAUGUCGAACCUUUACGGCAUCCAGAUCUCGUCCCAGUCGGCGGCCAAAGAUGGCCCGGGCCCUAAAGGAGCCCCGGGGAGGGGCCCCGGCGCGGGGCGGAGCGCGGGUAGAUCCGACCGCUCCCGGGCACAGCCGGCUCCGCCCGCGGCGCCCGGGGGGGCGUCGACCGAGCUGGGCGGGGCAGAGCUGGGCGGGGUGUCCUCUGUGGCCUGCGGCGAUGACCCGGUCGCCGCGGUGACGGUGAAGCAGGAGCAGGUGGAGAUGGAGGUGUCUGCGGAGGAGGAGGACGAGACCGGGGCGACCCGCUCCCCGGCCCUGAAGACCCCCAGCCCUGCGGUCUUCUUCGCCCGCGCCGCCGUCUGCCCCCCGCUGGGCGCCCCCGGCGACGCCAGCCCCAAGCGGGCGGGCGAGGCGCUGGAGGAGGAACUGGAGGGCUCGGGCGAGCACCUCCUCCUGGCCGGCCGGAGCCCCAGCUCGCGGGAGUCGGAGUCGGGGUCCGGGGGCGGGGGGCUGGAGGAGGCCCUGCAGCAGAGCCGCGCCCUGGCUGAGGAGCUCGCGGCCGAACUGAGGGGGGGCGGGGGGGCCGUCGGCAGCCCCCGCUCCCGCAAGCGCAGGAUCGUCUGCGCCGUCUGCGGCCUCCGCUUCGCCCACAAGAGCCAGCUGCAGGAGCACAUGUACAGCCACACGGGGAGAGGCUCCCGCUACCACCGCUACAGCCGCCUCUGCAGCCAGCUCAUACAGGCCUCCCAGCACUUCUGCGAGGGCCAGGCCGAGCUGGCCGCCGACGGCUCCCCCAGGGACGUGCCCGACAACGGCAGCUCCUGCUACUCCCUGGACUCGGAGGUCUCCCAAGAAAGCAUCGACACUUUCGUCGUGGAGUAAGGGAAUACGGGAGAGAGGAGAUGAAGUAAAAUGGCUGUCCGCCUGGGAUCUUUUUUGCCGGUUGCUUGGUGGAUGUUUCUCUUUCGUUUUCUGUAGCCUUUACGUCUUUACGCUGUCCAUGCCCAUUCCUGCCCUGCUUUGCUCCAGACCUUGGUCUAAUAUGUAAUUGUUUUUGGGUAAAGUCAAGGGCAGGCUGUAGCCUAGUGGCUAAGGUACAUGAUUGGGACCCAGAAGGUUGGUGAGUCAAGCCCCUGGUGUAGCCCCAGUAUGAUCCGCGCAGCUGCUGGGCCCUUGAGCAAGGCCCUUAACCCUGCACUGCUCCAGGGGGGAUCGUCCCCUGCUUAGUCCAAUCAACUGUAAGCCUCUUUGGAUAAAAGUGUCAGCUUAGUAACAAAUUACUUAGAAAUUAGACCUUGGUCAAAAACGUAAUUGUUUUGGAUUCAAGUUCUUUUCUGUGCUCGAUUGACCUUGCCUUGUGCAAUUGAGUCAACCAAGGGGACCAGAAGGCAGGGGUUGCACGUUUUGAGAGUAUUUCAUAGGUUCCAAUAUACCAGACUUAGUAAAGCAUCAAAGAGUAUUCGAAUCCAAAACGAUUACAUAGCUGUCCCAGAUCCGAUUCCCAAUGCUCUUGGCAGCAUCUGCAUUUUUUAGUUCUGAGAUACCACAAUGGUGGGCAACAGUAAACCAUGAUCAUCCGACUGGACAGCAGCUAAUAUUUAUUGAAACUGCAUAUUCAGGUAAAAGGUGUGUAAAUUAUAGGCUAGAAAAUCUGUCUCUGGCCAUCAAAGGGAAAUUCUGUAACACUUUUAUUGUACGUUGCUUUGGGUAGAAAUGUCUCCUAAAUAAAUGUCAUAUAAUGUAACAAACCAGUAAAAGGAGAUGCAUUCGGUAAUGCAUUACAGGUACGUCUUUUUGCAAUGGACAGCUCACUUCAAGAGCAAACAUCUGUGAUGAAAAACACCCUAGUAUUAAAGUCAUGGACAUGUCCAAAACACAAUCAUUUAUUUGAUAUUCAUAUACAGGCAUCACAGUUUAACAACACUCGAACAGUUCCAAAAUGUCUAGGUGUUGCCUUAGAAAACUCCUUAUAGGCACCUACAAAUAAAUAGCAUUUUGUUCUCUGUUAAGAGAAAGUAAACAUGUUCUCGGAUUUCAAAUUGGUAAUGGGGCUACCUCAGAAAUACACACGCUGUGGAUCUUAUCAAUUGCAUCUGUUAAUCUGUUUUUCAUAGCUGUUAAGGUAUUUCCUUGGUGACUUAUGAAUGGGUUUCAUGGAACUGCUAAAGAAAUGACAUUCACUGAUGAUAGCUGUGUUCAGCUAUAUACUGUAUGUCUGCCAUGGUUGUCGGAUGGACUGUAGUAGCUACAUUUAAAAAAGUCAUUCUGGAAUGGUUGUACUGUACAGUACAGUACAUACAACUGAAUGAUUGCAAACCUCAUAUUUAGAUUUUAGCAACCUCAUUUGUGUUUCCAUUUAGAAGUUAUUUGAGCCUCUAUUCAAAAUUGAGAUUUUGCCUCAUUCGGAUCAAGAAAGGAAAAGAACUUGCCUAAAAUUUACUUGCCACUUUGUCUUUGUGAGUGUGUGUUAAUGGUGUGGUCAUUUUUGCUGUGGUAGGUUCAGUUCACUGUUCUGCAGUGUGUCAUCAUAAUACCUACUGCAAUUUGUCAGUAACAUCUGUUAGAAUAUGUUAGGACAUCCAAGUAUUUAUUGAUAAGAACACUUAUGUAUGUUAAUGUUUUGAACAUUACAAAAAACUUUUGCAAAUAAAAUUUCCUUUUUUAGAAA